CUCUCCUCUUCUCUCUUUCGGCGCUCCUCUCUCGAUUUCAUCUUUGCUCAAGGACGGCAAAGUGGAUCUAUGCGAGGGUUUGUGUUUGGAGAUGGGUUUGGCUAUUUGGAUCUGCUUGCUGGUUUGGUUCUUGUGGCGGUUGGUUUCGCAGGUGGUCCUAGGUCGCUCCGGUGGCUUGCUUGUCGUUUCCCCUUGGCUAAGUGGCGCAGCGGAUUUCAGAGAUCUGUCGUGCUUGGGCAAGCUAGUUUUGCCUUCUCUAUGGAAUCUCCUCAACCACGCAUUGUCCCUAUGGUUUUGUUGGAUGCGAGGUGCUUCUGUUUUAGGUGUUGUUAUCCUUUCGCUUGGCGUGGCUGUGUGCUUUGGAUUGUUGGGCGACCUCGCUGGCUGGUGGUGCGGUUGGUGUUGUCGAGUCUUCCGGCGAAGCUGCGGCGUUUCUCGUUGUGGCGGAUCCGAUGUGGCUCGAACGUGUUCUUCGUUCUGAGACCAAUGGCGAUAGCUCCUUGCUUUUCCAGCGAAGCUGCGGUAGUAAUUGCUUUGGCGGGUUUGAUGUGGCUCGGAGUGACUUUGCGCAUAGGCUGAAGUGAAGCUGGUUUUCCAUCGGUCUUGACACUAAUGUUAUAGCUCAAGUUCUCCUAUGCUGCCGGUGUCUUACAUUUUGGAAGUGUGUGUUUCAGAGGUGGUGGCUCCUAUUGGUGUGAAUUCUUCCAAUUUGGCUUGUCCUGCAGGUGAAAGAUG